AUGAUCACCCCGCGCAAGGUGCUGCUCGCCCUGUUCUGCGUGAUCACAUUUGUGCUCAUCCUCCGCUCGUUUCGAGAUCCUGAAGUUCCUGGGGCGCCUGGGUACCGACCGGUGAAGAAGAUAUCAGAAGAAGAGGAGGAAGCAAUAGCAAAUUCGGCACACAAAAUACCACCGCAAGGUCGAGCCCAAUUACCUCUCGGCGCAUCACCGACAGCACCGCUCCGUGAACGUCUCCGGUAUCAAUUCCCAUAUGAAAUCGAGAACAGAUUCCCCGCAUAUAUCUGGCAAACAUGGAAAUACAACCCUGGGUCGUUCUGGUUCGACGAAGAUCUCCGGGGCCCGGAGGCCAGCUGGACAGAGAUGCACCCGGGGUUCACGCAUGAAGUCAUACCCGACGAGACGCAGCAACAUUUGAUCAAGUAUCUAUAUGGAUCAAUUCCGGAAGUAUUCGAGGCAUAUGAUUCGCUGCCGCUCGCCGUCAUGAAGGCGGAUUUCUUCCGAUACUUGGUUCUUCUAGCGCGCGGAGGAGUGUACAGCGAUAUCGACACUUCGGCACUCAAACCCGCGCACACGUGGCUCCCCGAGGAACUUGAUCGAUCGACUAUUGGCUUCAUUGUUGGCAUCGAGGCUGACCCUGACCGCGAUGACUGGCAUGACUGGUAUACGCGCCGAAUUCAGUUCUGCCAGUGGACCUUUGUGUCGAAACCCGGACACCCAAUUCUUCGUGAUAUGGUGGCUUAUAUCACCGAGCAGGCUCUGCGAAUGAAAAAGGCAGGCAUUCUCAAGGUUGGCAAGAUGGAUAAGACUAUUAUGGAGUUCACGGGGCCUGGAGCCUGGACAGAUUCUAUCUUCCGCUACUUCAACAACCCGGCAUAUUUCAAUAUCCAGCCUGGUGAUAAGAACAUUACCUAUGAAGACUUCAGCCACCAGACCACACACCGCAAGGUUGGAGAUGUGGUUGUUUUGCCCAUUACCAGCUUCAGCCCCGGUGUGGGGCAGAUGGGUGCAGGGGAUACUGAUGAUCCCAUGGCUUUUGUGAAACACAAUUUCGGAGGCACAUGGAAGACAGACCCGUCCUUAUGA